AGCCGUCAGUCUGCUGCCGUAGCCUACCGGGGGAAGGCUGUCCUCACCGGGGAUCUCCUCUCCUCUCUGCCGGACCGGGCCGCCCUACCAAAUCCUGUCCUCCCUGCAGCCCAGACGGUCAGAUUCGUUAUCGGGACAGCAGCAGAGGAGGGGUUCUGUGCGACUGUUUGGUCCUCUAAGGGGAGGAGUCAGUUGUUGAUUCAACGCUGCAAAGAGAAGGCACCGGAGAGAAAGGGCAAGGGGCUGCUGACAGCACAGAGGAAACCUAACAGGAUGAAGGACAAUCCGUCAGUUCAGAGCUAGUUCAGAACGAGUGGAACUGCAGUGGAAGUGGGCGAGGAAGCGAAGGAGCCGGGGGGAAGGAAACCACAUGCCCGGGCCUCGGAAAGGAUCCAAGUCAGUGAUGUUCUCCUCCGGCGGGGAUUACCUCCUCCCCGCUGUCUCCCUCUCGCUCUCUCUUCCUCACUCGUACAACAGAGCAGCAAGCCAGCUCCAAGACUGUGAGCCGUGAGCGCUCGCUGUGCGCGCCUGCACACUUACACAUACAAACUCGUACGUGCAAAUACACACAAGCACACACCUGCGCGUGUGCGUACACACACACCGGGUUGCAUCUUGCUCAUGGUCUCUGGCCUGCGCACCACAGCUCCAGCCCCUGCUCCAGCUCCAGACCAUGAAAAGGCCCAAGCAGCAGACGGGGCCCUUGAGCUUCCUCAACUUCUUCAGCCGGAAGCCCAAAUCGGAGCCGAGACCCGAGAGGCCCGUGGAGGCCUGGCCCAGAGAGGAAGUGGCCAUCACCCUGACCCCGAGCGAGCAUCCGGAGCAGCCCCAGAACAUCACAGCAGAAGAGGCUGGAGAGUCAGGAGUUUGUGGAACAGAAAGAGGAGAAGGAGGAGGGCUGAUGGCAGCAGCUGACGUGGGUGAGGAUGGCGGCGCCACAGCAGAGUGUGUGGGCGGGGUCAGCAGCGGCUCCACCGGCGUCCUGUCUCUUUCCUCCUCCAGUCAGGAUCAGCUAUUGGGCGAACACCUCGAGGAGUGCCCACUGUGCCUGCUCAGCCAACCGCGUUGCCACUUCCCACGGCUCACCUCCUGUUCCCACCGAGCAUGCUCCGAUUGCCUCCGCCAGUACCUGCGCAUCGAGAUAUCAGAGAGCCGGGUGGGCAUUGCGUGCCCGCAGUGCCCCGAGACGCUCGCCCCGUUGGAUGUUCGUGCCAUCCUUGAUGACCGGGCUCUGCUAGAACGCUAUGAGGAAUACCAGUUAAGGCGCUUCCUUGCAGCUGACCCAGAUACACGCUGGUGCCCUGCACCUGACUGCAGCUAUGCCGUGAUAGCUUAUGGCUGCGCCGAGUGUCCCAAGCUGAGCUGCGGCCGUGAGGGAUGUGACACCGAGUUCUGCUACCACUGCCGCCAGCUGUGGCAUCCUGACCAGACGUGUGACCAGGCCCGGCGCCAGCGAGCCCGCCACACCUCAGGCGGCAAUGAUGCCUCCACACUGUACGUCUUCAAUGAAGAACCCGGAGGAGAUGCAGAGGAGAUCAAAGCAUGCCCGCGCUGUGGUGCCUACAUCAUGAAGACCAAUGAUGGCAGCUGUAACCGUAUGAACUGCACUGUGUGUGCCUGUCAGUUUUGUUGGCUGUGUAUGCAGGAGAUCACCGAUGUGCACUACCUCAGUCCCUCAGGCUGUACGUUCUGGGGGAAGAAGCCAUGGUCGCAAACCCGCAAGGUUCUGUGGCAGGUGGGCAUGUUGCUAGGAGCACCGGUGGUCAUCUCUCUCAUAGCAGGCAUCGCCAUCCCGGUCAUCAUCGUGGGCAUACCCAUCUACAUGGGUCGCAAGGUCCAUGGUCGCUGUAAGAAAAACAAUAUCUCAGGAAGUAAGCACUACUUGACCGUGGCAAGUGGAGUGAUGAUGUCAGUGUUUGUGUCACCGGUCAUAGCAGCUGUCUCUGUGGGUGUGGGCGUGCCGCUCAUGCUGACUUAUGUCUAUGGCGUGGUCCCCAUGUCACUCUGUAGGAACGGCUGGUGUCGACCGCAGAGCGAGCCUCCCGAUUCACACAAGAUCCAACUAGAGGAUUUAGCCAGCUAUCUUCUAUUCUCUCAUGUAGUCAGUGACCACUGGACGGGUCAGAACAACGCAGCGCUCAGCAACACAAGCGUCCAGGAAGUCCGAGUCAGUGUACAGGAAGGCGGCGUGCUCCCGAGUACGAGCACCACACCACCGGAGCUAGAUACCUAUCUGGGAUUGGACAAAGCUGCAAAACAUCACGGAUACCCCCAGCAGGAGAGCCAAUCAGACUGCGUGGUUGAUGUGCCUGAUAGCACACAAGCUUUUCCUUUGAGGGAUGGAACCAAUAUUGAGGUGCGUGUGGAAAUUGAGACCCAGCCCCGAGGGGCCCGCCACUCCAGCCUAAGUAGCUUCCUGUCCAACCGGAGCCUGUCAGUCGAAUCCUUGGGACGCUCCCAGUUCCUGUCACAAGAACACCUGCGUGCCUCAGAACUUGACGAAAGAAGAGGAGAGGGAGGAGAGGAGCAGGAGGGAAGAGAGAAGCCAGGAGGAGAGGCAGGAGAGAGAGAAGGGACUUUUUACCCAGUCUUUGAAAUACGCGGUGUAUGAGGUCCUCCAAAACUCCAGGGUACGCCUUUGGCUGAAGAUUUGUCAGGUUUUCCGGAGGCAAACAAAUUCACGAGCUGACAUGACACUGGCUUCCACCUGAAAAUCACCGGCCAAGGCCACCUCCUGCUUCCACCACAGGCCCUCCCACCAGUUGCCUUCUAGUUCUGGCCUCUUAAGGAAGACGCGGGUUUAGAGAGAGCAGAUGAAAAGAAAACAAACAAAAAAAAACAAAAACGAGAGCAUAUGUGCGCGAGUGUGACCGUGUGAUUGUGUGCGUGCAUGAGAUGUUUACUUAGUGUGGGUAUGCAACGACAUAAGAACACUGAAGGGAGAUAAAUGGUAAAAGCAGACGGGAACUCACAGGAUAGUAAUGAAUGAAUUUCAAACAGAACUGACUGAGAGCAUGUUAGCUGACUAGUUCAGUGGGAGUUAGCCUGUUUUUUUUUCUACCGUGUCCUUUAUAAAAGAGACUACCUUACCUACCCUCUAAUAUGAGUAUUUCAUUAACCCCUCUCUUCCUCUGGCUUAUACUUCUUCUAGUGACCUAACUCCACCCUCACUCCCAUUAAAAAAAAAAAAAAGAAAUCCCACAAGCAUGAUUUGUUCUAUUGAGGAGGAAAAUUGUAACAUGCAACUGUCUUGUCACUGAAGAAAAAAAAGCUGUAACCAUGCUGUGAAAUGUUCAGGGGCUUCUGUGCAAACAGGGUCGGCGGCGUAGGUAGGAGAAUCUGUCAAGGGGUACCUGUAGUAUUUUAAAGAUGCAGUGUUCACACCUGAAUAGGGCGAGCUUAAACAUACAAACGCAUGCUGCACCGUUCAGUUAUUCUCUCACGAAAGAAAUUCCGAACAUGGUGAAAACAAGUGUAUACAGCCCAGGUAUCUGAAAAUUGUUCAUUUGGAGACUGUAGCCGAUGACCACGGGACUGAAGGUGCUCUGUGACAUUGUGUCUCCGAUUGGUUGAAAUGAGAGGAGGGCUCGAAAUUACCGUUAAACAGUAUCAACCGAUUUCUGAUUCAAAAGUCUUCCAUUUAAAAGAGAAGGGGGGCAAUUUCUCAGUCAGUGUUGGAACUUUUUCGCCUUCAAGAGGUCCUUUGAAACUUGGUCGGGAGGCGUCUCUCUCUCUCUCUCUCUCUCUCUUGCUCUAGUUUGUUGAAAUGCUUCCUCUAAUGCAGUAUUUUACUCGCAUUAGUGGCAGCGGCAGUGGCAGCAGCACCACGGUGUUUUUUCUGAGGAGCCUCAACAUUAACAAUAGCUGCAUGUUUUUGCUACUAGCUGUUUAUCCAGAAUAACACACACACAUGUUCACGCGCAAGUUCACACAUACACAUUCUCUCUCUCUCUCUCACACACACACACACACACACACACACACACAUGGCAGCCAGUGCAGUUGCAGUAGUGUGCUAAGAGCAUUAAAUAUAAACUAGGGACCCUCUCAAAUGAUCACAGAGCACCAAAAUGACAACAGCAGCAUGCCACCUCAGGCUAUACUGUAAUAACCCCUUCUAGAUGAUUUAUGAUAAAUACAUGAUUACACAUGUACCGUUUAGCUUCCUGAGAGUGAAAUAACUUGUGAGAUGGACUCAGAACUUGACAUGAUAAUCUGUGCCGGGUUGUGGAGAGAAAUUCAAUAAAGAUUUCACCAUGAA